AUGACAAUGGCUGCACUCUCGUACUUCCGUCCUUCUCUCACACCAUGCACUACUCUGCCACUCUCUAUUCCUCUGUCUCUCCCUGCUUGUGCCUCCCUUUCGCCAGGAGCUGAUCUCUUGGUCAAGGCUAGUUCAGGCACAGGGAGGACCAUGGCCUAUAUGAUCCCCUGUCUAGACCAGCUCGUUUCAAGCCUCUCCGACUCUCCCACUCGCCUGCUUGCUGGUGCCGGUACCCCUGUAGAGGUGUCGCUGAUGGUGGUUGGGGGGAUGAGUAUGGAUGGGGAGGGGAGGCGGUUGCAGCAGGCGCCGUGUCAAGUGCUGGUGGCGACCCCUGCUCGGUUGUUGGAGCACUUGCAGGAGACUCAUGGCAUGCGGAACAGAAUGCAGCAGCUGAAGCUGUUUGUAUUGGAAGACCUAGAUCGCAUGGUGGAGAUGGGGUUCACUCGCACCAUUCACGCCAUCCUCUCGCUCCUCCCACCCACCCGCCAAACUCUACUCUUCUCAAACGCCCUCUCCAGUGAGGUGCAGGAUCUUUCACAGCUCAUCCUCAAGGCUGAUUAUGUGUCGGUUGAUUUGGAGAGUGCCUGA